GUUCUCUCUCUCAUAAAACCAUAAACCCUAGCCGACCAACAAAGAAGAAGACGACGACGUCUAAACACUGAAACCCUCGCUCGUCGCUCUGUGUGUGAAAUACAACCAGCCUCCGCCUAAAGUGAUUCACAUGGAGACCCAAAAGCAGUUCGAGAUCGACUUUGGCAAUCUCAUGGCCUUCAAUCCUCACCACACUUUCCCCUCCCUACCCUCCUCCAGGGAGGAUUUAGUGAAGGAAUGUCUAGAGAAGGGCACUGAAUUAGUUCAAGCCAUUGCACAGAAACUGUUCAACUUACCUUCAACUGAAGAUGUAGAUGGUCCCUUGGUCAAGUUGCCUCCACCAACAACCAGACUGCCCAGAGAGAAGCCCCUGCCAAAGCCUAAACCUCCUACGAAAUGGGAAGUGUUUGCCAAAGCAAGAGGUAUAAAGAAUCGUAAGAAAGACAAGAUAGAAUAUGAUGAGCCAAGUGGUACUUGGAAACGUCGUUACGGAUAUGAUCGGGCAAAUGAUGAGGAAAAUAUACCUAUCAUUGAGGCGAAGAUGACUGAUGUUCCAGGGGAGGACCCUUUUGCUAAAAGACGAACAGAUAAGAAGAAUCGUGUUGAAAAGCAAGAGAAAAAUCGGCAGCAGAACUUGAAACAAGCAGCAAAAGUUGGUGCUUUACCAAGCCACGUCCAACUAGCUGCCACAGGUUUGCCCAUAACAGGAACGCAGGCUGCACCGAAGAAAGCCACCAAGGAUGAACUUGGGAAUGUAGCUGGACUAGCAGCAAGUGCCACAGCCAGUGGUGGGAAAUUUGACAAGAAGUUGCCAGGAGAAAAGCCUGCACAACAUAAAGGGAAAUAUCGCAAGUUCCUACCUGUUGUGGAGGGAAAAGGGUUAGGCUCACAAGAGAGGGAGCAAACCGAGAAAGUUCUGAACAAGCUAAUCUCUAAGAAUUCCCAUGAGAUAUUCAACGUUGAUAAGGCGGUCAACAUGUACAAUGUGAAAAAAGAGAAGAAGCGAAAGUACCAGAAAGACAAGUCUUCACCGACCUCAAGCAAGUUGAAACCGAAGACGAAACCUUAUAAGAAGGGAUCUUCAUCCUCAAAGAAGGGAUCUUCGUUCUCUAACAAGGGAUCUUCAUACUCGAAGAAGGGAUCUUCAUCCUCAAACAAGGGAGCUUCCAAGAAAGGAAAGGCAAAGUGAAUGUAGGUGAUUGUAACUCUGGAGAGCUUGUAGAGUUUUGGGACAAUUUAAUUUAAUUUGCUUGCAUAUUUAAAAUACAUAUUCACUCAUCUUAGAAUAUUAAUGAGCUAUAAUAUGACUAUUCUUUUGUAUAAUUUUCCUAUUUUUAAAAGAAAUUUGGAAAAUAAAAUACAGAUAAGAAAAUUAUGUUUUUUUCU